AUGGGGACCGACGCAGACGGCGAUUCUCAGAUGGCAUCCUCGCGCGAAGCCUCCCCCGCAGGUGCCCGCACCCCGACCAACGUGCGCACCGCGGAGCUCUCCCCGCCCGGCUCGCAGACACAGACCACCGCCGCACCUCCAGACUCGCAGACCCAGACACAGGGGUCAUCGCAGCAGCAACCGCAACAGCAGCAGCAAAAGAUACGGCAGCCAGGAGCGUCAUGGAUGAACAAGCGCGCAGAAGAGGAAUACCAGCGGGCGAUGGAGCAUGUUAUUGAUCAGGACUUCAGUCUCGAUGAGUUUGGAGAUCCAUUUGAUGACCGUGAUAUGCUCCUCCCGCAACGCGACAACGAUCUCACAUGCGAAGAGAACCGCAUCCACUUCACCCCCGUCAAAACCGCCCGGUCGGCCCCGCGAGUCUGGGACCGCAAGCCGUCGACGUCCUUCCUGGCGCGCUCCAAGUCGCGCAAGGUCUGGAAGCGCUUCCGCACCUCGUUUAACAGCCUGAAGAUGCUGGAGCAGAUGGUCGCUGCCGAGGAUGCGGUCGACGACGAGCCCCAGCUGGAAAUCAACGGCGCUCGCAACGCGGAGUUCCUUCGCGGCGUCAAGCGUCGAUUUUUACUCCUGGAAAAUUCCGACCAGGACAGAAAUUCUACGGAGCAGACACAUGGGCGGUCAUUCCUUGAAACGAAAUGGGAGUCGGAAGCGACGGGGCGAAAACACAAAUUACCCGCGAGCGGCAGCGAUCUCGUGGUCAAGUCGGACGCCAUGGCGGUGCAUGGCUCCCCGACGGGCGCAAUCAGCGAAGAUAUCACCCCCCACGGGACAACUCAACCGACCGACACGUCAAAGGGGACCGGGCCCGUGCAGGCGGGGGUGGAUGAGAGCGAAUCCGUGAGUCCGCCGCCGGAGGCCCCCACCGACGCCAAUUCGGUGGCAGCCUAUCCCUCCAUGCUACAUGGCGAGUCCAGCUGUCUACAUAGUGGGGUGGAGGAUGAAUCUACAGACUUAAAAACCCACGGUCUUAUCGACCAGCCUGGAACCGACCUCGUCGAACAAGACGGUGAUGCAGCUCUGGCUGCGACUAUGACGAAUGAUCCAUCUGGCGACCACGAGGUGGCUGUUGAUGUUCCCCCGUCCCCCGCUCCGGGGGCGCCCGUGCAGGACCUGCCGGCCGAACUUGAAUCAACCCUGGUCCGAUCUGCCCUGCGCAGCUCCCUGGAUGGGGAAGAUGCGCAGUUGUUGAAUAAUUUCCUGUUCAAGGCCAAGGCGAAGCGCGAGGCCAAAGCUGCCGCCAUGGUCGCUCAUGACGAGGGCGAAAAGUCAGCGGAGGCGCCCGAGGGGGUUGACUCGCCGGUCCCGCAGUCCACCCCGCAGUCGCGCCGCGUGCUCAAGGAUCUCGACGCCAAUUCGCCCUCGCCGCAGAAAUCGCCGCAGAGGUCCCCGGUGAAGCCACCCCAGAGGUCACCCCAGCAGUCGCCGAAGAAGUCGCCAAAGAAGUCUCCUCAGCGACCCACAUUGUCGCCCACCAAGCCGCGGGAGCAGGCCGCCGCGCCGGACCGCCAGCAGCCUGCCAGUCCACGACGCAGCACGCGGACGCGGACGCCGAAACCGCCCGCGCGAGCGCCCACGCCGACUGUGCGCAACACACUCUCCCUGCGGCGACCCAAGGGGACCGAGUUCAUCUUCAACCACCGGACGGAAGCGCAGGAGCUGGCGCUGGCGACGCGGCGCAACACACGACAGAACCGCGGGGAUGCUCUGAUGCCCAAGUACGCCCUGCAGCAUCUGGAGGACAGCCCGGCCGCCGAGGUCCAACCCGAUGCCGGUGCCGAGGACACUCAGCAGCCGGUCUCGACAGGGCGCAAGCAGGUCUCGUGGAACGACGCGCAGCUCGUGCAGUUCCAGGGUGACGGCGAUGGCGAUGACGAUAGCGAUGGCAAGACGGGAAGCCAGGAGGUCAGCCAGGGCCGAAGCGAGAAACGCAAAGCCACCAGUCGUGGCACGCGAUCCAAGGAGGGGGAUCAGGAUCAGAAUCAGUAUCAGAGUUCGGCGGCGCCGACUAAUGCGCCCGCUACUGCAACACCCAAGGCGCGACGCAUGCGGCGGUUAGGGACGCCCAAAUCCGCCGAGGCCAGUUUGGAUCCCAGCGCGUCACCACCGCUGUCGUCGUCGUCGUCGCUGGGGGGGACGCCCGAUAGGAGGAAGUUGACGCCCAAGUCGGCUAAGCCGACAUCACUCUUCAGCAGUCGACCAUCGCUGCGCAGUUCGGUGCACAAUUCGAGUUUGCUGCAGUCGCACGCGGGAUCGACGCCUGUACCGCGACGGGUGCGAUCGCGGACAUAA